CGUCUAAACUAAUGAACCUGAAAGAGCCGCGUGUAACCUACCGCCGACUCAAUUGUAAGAAAGCAUUCACUACUUUACUCUAUCAGUCGAAAAAAGAAAAAAGUUAUCAGAAUUGAACACCUCUGCAGGCAGCCAUGGCAAUGGCGACUCGCACAGCCAUGGUUGCAUCUUCAUCAAAUUCAAUAAAAUCUUGUUUAAUUGUUGUUCAUCGCCGUGUUAUUAAUCUUUUAAAGCCUAGAGUUAAAUGGACCACAUCAUCGUCGUCAUUAUCACCUGUAUCGGCUGAUUAUAAAUCGACGAAUCGGGAGACGAAGAAGAGUAAUCUGACUGAUCGAUUAUCUGCUGUAAUCGAGGUUGCCAAUGAUCGCAAGGUCCCUCCCGAACUCCGUGGCCAACGCAACAAUGUCAGAUCAGAAACCGACAUAGUGAAUAUUGUUGAGAAAAGAAUUUGGCAGUCCAUGGAAGAAGGUGAUUUCGAGAACCUACCUGGCAAGGGAAAACCUUUAGAUGUUAGUACAAAUCCUCAUGCAGCCCCUGAUGAGGACACAUUAUAUCGAAUUCUAUCAAAGAAUGGGUGUGCACCGGAGUGGGUUGAACUCAACAAGCAGAUAAGGAACGAUGCUGCUGAUUGGCGGACAUCGCUCAAGAAAGCAUGGGGAUACAAGAUCAAUGAAAAUGAUGCUAAAUGGAAGGAAUCCUCAGAGGUUUUGAAGAUUCAAAUGGGUGCUAUCAAUAACAAGGUAUUUCGCUACAACCUAGUUGUACCUUUCGGUCACCAGAUGAAUGGUAUCAACUGGGAGAAGGAAUUGGAUCGCCUGAAUGAUUCAUAACACGAGGAUGCAGAUCCCUGACUAUCACUUUUGCAGUGCAAUCUUAGAAGAAAGGCCUCUACUAGCUAGGAAGAAUGUGUUAUUUCGACAACACAAGCAUGUUUCCCACCCUAUACAAGUAACAAGUUACAGUGUUACACUAUACUCUGUAUUUAUGAGAUAGAAAGUGAGUAGAAAACAAUAUAAUGGAGUAGGUAAUAAUUAACAACAAUAAAUUGAUAAUUGAUAAUUGAUAAUUGAUAAUUGAUAAUUGUAAUAGACUAAUAGUAGUCAAGUACGGAGUAGUACUAGUAGUAAAACAAAUUGCUUUUUUCUACUCCUACCACUACAUACUACUUUAUAAACGUCGACAUCUUUUUUUUGUGUUUAUGUUUCAUAGAUUCAAGUCAGUCAACCCAAGCCUUAUUAAGUCUUUCUAGUACCCAAUGUUUCUUAAAUGGGUGUGUUUGUGUUAGUUGUAACGGAUAUUUCAUGAAAUAACCCCGAAUUUUGAAGUAAUUCACCAAGUGCCCUUGCGAAAAAACGCGUUAUGGUCCGUACGUGACCAAAAUUAAAAAAUGAAUCUCACAUGUUAGGGGAAGUGGUUUUUUUUGUUUUUGUUUUUUGAGGGAAAUGUAAAGGGGAGUGUUGAAACAUAACCUUCAUAAACAACACACGUGAGUGUUGUUGGUUUACAGCAUUGUCAGCAUGCUGAUCAACCACUGAACGUAAGCAAUGCAGCCAUAUAUACAUCAGCACAACAACAACUCCAACAAUGCACUAAGUUCCAAGCAAGCUUCUAGAAGAUUUCCUAACUGAUUUCAGGAGGUUGUUAUAGGUUGUUAGAAGGCCUUCUAUUUAUGAUUCAUGUAAUGAUAAGUUGUAUGAUUUGAGGUGUACAAAUCAAGCAUUUCUAUUGGCUUAAAGACAUCACUAAGUGUGAUUAGGCAAGCUCUAUAUAUACACCAUAUUCAUUGUAAUUCAGUU